AUGAGCCUCGAAAUGCCCGUUAUCUCGCUGACCGGACGUGGAAUCGAAAAGAGUUUAAAUAUAAUCAAGUCCAAUAUACAUUUCAAUCCCGUUAUUCCGUUUACGGUAAUCCAAGAAAUCGAUUUCACGAUUGAAAAUACGUGCCAUUAUCCCGUGGAGUUCUUUUGGCAUCAUUUGGACGAAAAUUUUCAGUUGGAGGAAGACAUAAAGAAAACUCUGUUGCAAUACUACAACAUGAAGGAAAUACUGUUGCCUCUGAAGAAGCUUGGCGAGCCGAUGAUACCAUGGCAAUUGAUAAAAUUUUACAAAGAGAUAUUGAACGAAAUGGCCCAGUCGUUAAUUACGGACAAGAUGGACGAAGAGGAUCGAUUUGGCGAGGAAUUUUUCACCUUCGAGAGCGUCGAGAAGGACACGAUGAAGAAGAGCGAAAAGAAAGGGUACAAGUUAUCAAGGAAGAGAAAGAAACGGAGAGGAAUGAAUCAGUACGGGAAGAAAACGAGUAUUCGUGGAUCUAGUCGUCGUCGAAAGAAGAAUGAGAUUGCCAGCGAUUUGUCCACCACGGAUUCGGAGAGGAGGAACUGCCCUACCUUUUCAAUUUUUGAUGAAACGAUGCUGAACGAUGUUCCCCUACCCACCACAGAUCCCGAGGAAAUUCAACGUCUUCUCUUCUGUUACAUCGACAAUCUCCAUAAGAAUCCAGAUUUACGGUUGAAAAUGAAAGAUCCGGUGAAGGAACUUUUCGAGAGCGUGGAGAAAAAAUCGGAAAUCGAUAUUUCAGAUUUGGAAAAGAGAUUUCCCGAGAAGAAAGUCUGCAUCAUUUUCCAUGGAGCACCUUUUACGGAGUAUCAAGAGACUGCGUGCAGAAGCGCCAAAGUCUUGGGAAUUCCUGUUCUCGGUAUCGAUAAAGCGAUCACCGAGAUAAUUGCGUUCAACAAGAGCACGUGCGCGAUUCAGCUUCGACAGAUGAUCGACGACGUCUAUCAAAAAUACAUCGAGGCUUUUGAGAAAUCGAAGCAAUAUUUGGAGCAGGAAAGCACCGACAUCGAAUCGGAGUCGAGCAAAAAGGCGUCGACCAGAGAAACUUCGAGUAGAAAAAAGAAUUCUCGGAAAGAGAAAUCGUCGAAAAGUUCGUCGAAAAGGAACACGUCGCCGUUAUCUACCAAGAACGAAGUGUCGAUGUUGCAAGAGGCGAUCAUUCGGCUUCCCCCGGAUCCCGAUCCCAUCACGGAAUUUUCUAAAAUUCCGCCCACCGAGAGAUUGGAGUUGCUCGACCCUUUGACGAGAUACGAGUACAAGAUUCAAAGUGUUUUAUUGCUCGAGAAAAUACUCGAUCUUCGUGAAUCGCCCAAACUGAAAGGGAAGAGUCCGAGGAAAAAGGAGGAAACCGUUUCUUUCUCGUUCCGUGACAUUGAUCCCGAAUUAAUAAUCGAAGUUCUUCAACAAAGAUUGUCUUCGGAGGAUUUCAAGCGAGGUUUCGUCGUGCAAAGUUUGAAGAGCAAUUUCUUCCAAAAUAACGUGUUUGAGGCUUUGCUCGCUGUGUUACGGAUCGUCGGUUACAUCGAAUACUUCCUAUUCGUCACGUUUCUUAACUCGAUGAAUUGCUACGAGAACAAAGUCGAGCAACGCACGAAAGAAAUCGGUAUCAGUUCAUUCUUACUCGACGAUCGAACGUUUGUUGUAAUUUCACCUUCUUUCCAGAGAAGGAAAAGCCCGAUCCGAAGCAAAGGAUACGGGAAAUCGACGAGAUGUCGGCAUCCGAAUACGAUCAACUUUCCAACGAGGAUAAGAAGAUGGAAAGAAGAAACCAUAAUUUUGCCCGAAGUUAAAGAAAUCAUGAUGGCUAUGGAUAAAUAUUAUUCCGAACUUUCGUUGAUUGAAAAUGUCCUUCAUAAUUGGGACCCUAUAAAAAAGACGAUAGUUGUUAUAUUUUUACCCAUAUCUUAA